AACAGCUUACAGAAUGGCCGAAAAUCCACCGCAGUCCCAGCUUUCUACUGAUGAGACGCAACUGAGGACGGCACAACUCAACAUAACUAAGUUGAAGACGACUGAAAAUGAAACUUUCCAGCCAGAGGCAAACUCUACACAGGCGAAUGGCUCUAAGACCAGUGGCCUGCUGACACCCAAUGCAAUCGCAUGCCGUCCAACGGCCGGCCCAGCGCCGUCCUCUGCCGACGGUACCGGUCAAGAUGAUGACGACCCGGAGAUCGCACGAAUGCUCGCCGCGCUGAAGUCUACCGUCAUCCCCGACGGCUGGCUGCCGCUGCCGGUGGACCCCAACACGACCAACCCAUUGACUCGGGCGUACCGGUACCGCGGCAUGGUGCUGCUCAGGGUCCACAUGCUGUGCGGGCUGCAGCACUGGGCACAGUUCCGCGGCCGGCCCAGCGACGUGAUCGUGGCCAGCUUCCCCAAGUCGGGCACCACGUGGCUGCAGGAGAUCGUGUGGCGCGUGGUGCACCGCGAGACGGGUGCCCAGAGCGGUGGCGGGCGCACCCUCGAGUACCGCUUCCCACUGCUCGACCUGCCGGCCACGGCUCGCAUAGCGAUGACUCCCCUGCACGAGAUGGAGUCACCGCGGCUCAUCAAGACCCACCUCAUGUACCACCUGCUGCCGGAGAGCGUGCACACGAGCGGCGCCAAGGUGCUGUACGUCUCGCGCGACCCGCGCGACGUCUGCGUCUCCUACUACCACUUCCAGAGGAUGGUGGACUACGAGCGAUACCGAGGAACGUUCGCCGAGUUCCGCGACAAGUUCGUUCGCGGAGAGGUGAUGAACGGUCCCUACCGGGAACACGUUAGGGGCUACCGCGAGCAGGCCGACCACGUACUGUGCCUGACCUACGAGGAGCUGCAUGAGGAUCGCGUGACGGCAGUCCGCAGAGUGGCGGAGUUCCUCGACAAGCCCCUGACCCAAGAGGAGGCAGAGGCCAUCGCCAGACACACCGACUUCGAGAACAUGAAGAAGAACCCCGGCUGCAACUUCAAACACUGGGAGCAGACACGGAUGGUUAAGACGACCGACGAGGGUACCUUCAUGCGGAAGGGUCAAGUGGGCGACUGGAGAAACUACUUUACUGAAGAGGAGAGUGACGCCUUCAUGAAAUGGGUCAACGAGCUCAUCUAGCAUGAGCUAGCAAUG